AUGGAGCCGGUGCCCCGUGGCCGCCCCCAACGCGCGGGGCUCUCGGUCUUCGCCUGCUACGACCAGCUGCGGCGCGAGAUCCAGGCGCUGCUGGCGGAGAACGAGGAGCUGACGCGGGCGGUGGGGCGGCUCAAGGAGCAGCGGCACCUGCGGCACCUCCUGCACGGCCAGCCCGGCACGGCACCCAGCUCGGCACCCCCCCUCGCCGCCGUGCCCCGCUCCGGCAGAGGAGGCUUCGCCUUCCCCAGCCCAGGUGGGGGUACGGGUGGUCCCGCGGUGGUCCCGGGCCAGUGGGUGCCACGGCUGCAAAUACCCCCCCCACCUCCUCCCGCAGCCAAUGCCCCGGACUGGGAGCUGGCACCCCUGGAGCAGAGCCUGAUCUUCCAGAUCCCCCCCUGGGAACCCCUCUGGGACCAGCAGCCCCAGGACGGCACGCUGCCCAUGCCGAGCAGCACCGACGUUGGCACCGACAUCAGCACUGGGAUGCUUUCACCUGCCACCGGGAGCAGAACCCUCCCAGUGACCGUGCUGGGCAGCCCCAGCCCCAACAGCCACCGUCUCUCCUGCCCCCUCAACCGCUUCGGCUCUGCCGGCCACCCCCCUGGCCACCGGCCGCCCCCUGAACCGCCACGGGACCCCCCGGCACCGGAGCCGAGUGGCCCCAGCCUGCGGCUGUCGGACCUGCAGGGAUCGGGGGCCAGGGCCCCCCCGUCCCCGCUCCCGCCGCCCCCGUCCCCGGAGGAGCAGCAGCCGCUGGACCUGCGGCUGCCGGACACCCGGCGCAAGGUGACCUGGUGGAAGGCGGCCCGCGAUGCCGACCGGCUCGCCUCCAGCCGGGAUCCGCCGCAGAGUUCCAGCCCGCGAGAUGGCCGGCAGCCGGCAUGGGAGCAGCUGGUGGGCGAGAUCGCCUUCCAACUGGACCGCCGCAUCCUCGCCAGCGUCUUCCCCGACCAUACCCGCCUCUACGGCUUCACCGUCGCCAACAUCCCCGAGAAGAUCAUGGCGACCGCCCUCGGCACCUUGCCGGGGGGCUUUGACGAGCGGUGCUGCACCGCCGCAGCCCGGCGCUACGUCAGCCUGAUGGGGCGUCUGCGGGCACUGGGCUACAGCCCUGCGGUGCACCCGGCCUUCGCCGAGUCCCUCGUCAACACCUACGGCAUCCUGCCGGAGCCGGCCGGCCCCGACGCCUGCACCCGCCACAGCCCGGCCUUCCUGCGCCAUGUGGUGACCGAGACGGUGCCGCCGCCGGCGCAGCCGGACGCGUUGGUGCUGCUCGAGUGCCUGCAGGAGCUGGCACAGGAGGACGGGCAGCCCCUCUUCCUCUGGUGA